UUUUUGUCUGUCCCCUCUGGGGAAGUUUGUAUGGGGCUACUAGCUCACAUGUGGGAUCAGAAUGGUGUGAAUGACAGCCGCACUGUAUCAUGAAGGUGGUGGUGGUUUCAACACGUGAGACCAAACAAGAAGAAAGCUGAGAGAGGGGUGAACCGUUUUGGAUGACAAAGGAUGGGUUUCCAUUUAAUUACGCAGCUGAGAGGCAUGCGUGUAGUGCUAGUGCUACUUCCUACACUGCUGCUUGUUAUGCUCACGGGGGCUCAGAAAGCUUGCCCAAAGAACUGCAGAUGUGAUGGGAAAAUUGUGUACUGUGAGUCUCAUGCUUUCACAGAUAUCCCUGAGAACAUUUCUGGAGGAUCACAAGGCUUAUCAUUAAGGUUCAACAGCAUUCAGAAACUCAAAUCCAAUCAGUUUGCCAGCCUUAACCAGCUUAUAUGGCUUUAUCUUGACCAUAAUUACAUUAGCUCAGUGGAUGAAGAUGCAUUUCAAGGGAUCCGUAGACUGAAAGAAUUAAUUCUAAGCUCCAACAAAAUUACCUAUCUGCACAAUAAAACAUUUCACCCGGUUCCCAAUCUCCGCAGUCUGGACCUCUCCUACAAUAAGCUUCAGACAUUGCAAUCCGAACAAUUUAAAGGCCUUCGGAAACUCAUCAUUUUGCACUUGAGAUCUAACUCAUUAAAGACAGUGCCCAUCAGAGUUUUUCAAGACUGUCGAAAUCUUGACUUUCUGGAUUUGGGUUAUAAUCGUCUUCGAAGCUUGUCCCGAAAUGCUUUUGCUGGUCUGUUGAAGUUAAAAGAGCUCCACCUGGAGCACAAUCAGUUUUCCAAGAUCAACUUUGCUCAUUUUCCACGUCUCUUCAACCUCCGCUCAAUUUACUUACAAUGGAACAGGAUUCGCUCCAUUAGCCAAGGCUUGACAUGGACUUGGAGUUCCUUGCACAACUUGGAUUUAUCAGGGAACGAUAUCCAAGGAAUUGAGCCAGGCACAUUUAAAUGUUUGCCCAAUUUGCAAAAAUUGAAUUUGGAUUCCAACAAGCUUACCAACAUCUCACAGGAAACUGUCAAUGCGUGGAUAUCAUUAAUAUCCAUUACUUUGUCUGGGAAUAUGUGGGAAUGCAGUCGGAGCAUUUGUCCUCUAUUUUAUUGGCUUAAGAAUUUCAAAGGAAAUAAGGAAAGCAUCAUGAUAUGUGCAGGACCUAAGCAUAUCCAAGGUGAAAAAGUUAGUGAUGCAGUGGAAACAUAUAAUAUCUGUUCUGAAGUCCAGGUGGUCAACACAGAAAAAUCACAGCUUGUUCCCCAAACUCCCCAGAAGCCUUUAAUUAUCCCUAAACCGACAACCUCAAAAUCUGACCCCAGCCAGUCCACCCUUGAAACACCAAGCCCUUCCCCAGGGUUUCAGAUUCCUGGCACAGAGCAAGAGUAUGAGCAUGUUUCAUUUCACAAAAUUAUUGCAGGGAGCGUGGCUCUCUUUCUUUCGGUGGCCAUGAUCCUCUUGGUAAUAUAUGUGUCUUGGAAACGCUACCCAGCCAGCAUGAAACAACUUCAGCAACAUUCUCUUAUGAAGAGGCGGCGGAAAAAGACCAGAGAGUCUGAAAGACAAAUGAAUUCCCCUUUACAGGAGUAUUAUGUGGACUACAAGCCUACAAACUCUGAGACCAUGGAUAUAUCGGUUAAUGGAUCUGGGCCCUGCACAUAUACCAUCUCUGGCUCCAGGGAAUGUGAGAUCCUACACCACGUGAAGCCCUUGCCAUAUUAUAGCUACGACCAGCCGGUGAUCAGGUACUGCCAGGCUCACCAGCCACUCCAUGUCAACAAGGGCUACGAAGCAGUGUCUCCAGAGUAGGACGAAACUCCCAGCCUGGAGCUCGGGCCCGACCACAGCUUCAUCGCCACCAUAGCCAGGUCUGCAGCCCCAGCCAUUUACCUUGAGAGAAUAACAAACUAACGUGAAAGGCAACUAACUCCUCAUUGGGGAACUCGACGCGGGGAAGGAAGGCCUUCAUUUUAAAGGAGAAUGGGUGUCCAAAUCACGCAAUCCAGCCUGCUCAUCGUUCCUAAGACAUUUAUGACAUAGACGAAAGG